AUGAAGCGCGAGCUAUUGAAGUGUAUGUCCAAGAUCCGGGUUCUUAGAGCCCUUGAGCAUUCCGUUUCAUGCAGAAACUACUCGGCGGUAUACAGGCCACCUAAUCUGCACGAUCUUCCCAGAAGAUGGCUCACGUUGGAUUACGAUACCAAAGACGAGAUAAGAGAGUAUUUGUCAUGGCAAAUGGAGGAGCAGUGGCCAGUGAUGUCUCGGGAUGAGAUGAAAGCAGCCUACUUCGUCAACUACGAGGACCCUCAAACCGCCCAGCAGACAACCGGCCCGUUCCCGUACUUAUUCAUGAGACUGCUGUUUAAUAUCACACUGGUGGGCACUGUGACACUCUCCCUCAUCGAAUACAAGAACGAUAGAAGGAGGUUCACCAGUUAA